AUGGCUAUUAUAGAAGAAAUUUUUGAUGACGAGAACACGGAUCAAGUAAAAGACGCUAUUCAGAAAGCCGAAGUGUUUAAAAAUCAAGGGAAUACCCAUUUUGGACAAGGCGAAUGGGCAAUGGCAAAAGAGGAAUAUCAAAAAGGGUUGGAUUAUUUGAAAGAGAAAUAUGCUGAUCGAACAAACGAGUCGACCGAUGAAAGCGACGAGAAAACGGAAACGGAGCCAGAAUCAAGCACAUCAACCGUUCCCGAAGAAAUUUCUACCCUCCGAGCUACUCUUCUUUCCAAUAUGUCUGCGGCUUUUAUCAAAAUGGAACAAUGGGAACCGGCUGUUCACACCGCGACGAUGUCUAUUAAAGAAGGAGUGAAAAAUGAAAAAGCUUUAGAAAGACGUGCCUUUGCAUAUUCAAAAAUUGAUGACAAAUUGAAUCUUGCCCUUCAGGACUAUGAGAGUCUCUCCAAAACGUUUCCAGAUCGAACACAAUAUAGGCAGAAAAUUACGGAAUUGAAGAAGCUGGUCGAUGAACAAAAUGAGAAGUUGAAACAAGAAAUGAUGGAUAAGUUGAAAGGAUUUGGCGAUUUCUGUUUACGACCAUUCGGAUUGUCGACGAACUCCUUUCAGUUUACGCCAAAUGAGACGGGCGGCUAUUCAAUGAGCCUCAAGCAACCAUCUGAAAACACGGAGAACACA